GCGGAGAAGAACAACACACUUGACUCAUUUUCUUAUCGUUUAAACAAACACUGAAACGCCAUCAGUGAGAAUUGUGAAGUCUUUGUUUACUCCCUUAUCAUCAUAACAUGUUAUAGAGAUACCGGUAACAUGUAGGUACUCGUUUAUCUCGGCACGGCAGGUUUUAACCUAGAGGUGAGCGGCGUUACAUUUUGAAUGUGAAUUGACAAGUGUUUGUGCUGGAUCAGCUAACAAUUGUUCGACCAGAAGCUGCAACGUUUUAAAGUUGAGCCUAGUAUAGAUGUUUUCUUCUCGGGAGAUGGCAUCGUUAACAACCGCGGAGCCAGGUUUUAAUCCUGGGAUUAUGGGACUGGAAUCGGUAGUCCCAGCUAGCAUGUUUGCUCCAGCCCGCUGCUGCAGCGAUGAUGACGGGGCAGAGUGCUUUGAGGACGGGGACAUGUUCAACGGCGAGAUCGCGGAUCUCGGCAUAGACUUCUCUAGUAAGUUUGCUUUGGUCAGCCCCAAUGGGGAGCAGUAUGACUUGUUACUACGGCAACUCCGUGAGAGGAUGGAUGAGGGCUGUGGGGAGACCAUCUAUGUUGUUGGGGUGGGUUCAGAUGGAGGUGAUUAUGGUUUAAAUGAGAGUGAUAUGCAGGCCUCUGUGGCCACUAUAAAAUCCAUGAGUGAGCAGAUAGAGGCAGAUCUCAUCCUGCUGAGGGAGCGUGCUGAGGCUGGAGGACAGGUUAGAGAUUACCUGAUUCGCCGCCGGGUGGGAGAGGCAGACUUCCUGGAGGUUAGGGUGGCUGUAGUAGGGAAUGUAGAUGCUGGCAAGAGUACAUUACUUGGCGUGCUGACUCAUGGAGAGCUGGAUAAUGGUCGUGGAUUUGCACGACAGAAGCUGUUCAGACACAAGCAUGAAAUGGAAAGCGGUCGUACCAGCAGCGUGGGCAAUGACAUCCUGGGUUUUGAUCAGGAGGGUCAAGUUGUCAACAAACCCGACAGUCAUGGCGGAAGCCUGGACUGGACUAAGAUCUGCGAGAAAUCUUCUAAAGUCAUCACCUUUAUUGACCUCGCUGGCCACGAGAAGUACCUCAAAACGACUGUGUUUGGAAUGACUGGUCAUCUGCCGGACUUUUGCAUGCUGAUGAUUGGAAGCAAUGCAGGAAUUGUUGGUAUGACCAAAGAGCACCUUGGCUUGGCGUUAGCCCUCAAUGUUCCCGUCUUUGUGGUGGUCACAAAGAUUGACAUGUGUCCUGCUAAUAUUCUUCAAGAGACAUUGAAGCUCCUGCAGAAGAUCUUAAAGUCUCCGGGCUGCAGAAAAAUCCCUGUGCUAGUCCAGAACAAAGAUGAUGUCAUUGUCACGGCAUCUAACUUCAGUUCUGAGAGAAUAUGUCCGAUCUUCCAGAUCUCAAACGUUACAGGAGAGAACAUGGACCUACUCAAGAUGUUCCUGAAUCUGCUUUCCUCCAGAAGCUCAUUCAAAGACCACGAGCCUGCUGAGUUCCAGAUAGAUGAUACCUAUUCAGUACCAGGUGUAGGGACAGUAGUGUCUGGGACAACUCGUGGGCUGAUUCGGCUGAAUGACACCUUGCUUCUGGGACCGGACCCCUUGGGUGCUUUCCUCCCCAUUACUGUCAAAUCCAUUCAUCGCAAGAGGAUGCCUGUGAAAGAGGUUCGCGGUGGACAGACGGCUUCUUUUGCUCUAAAAAAGAUUAAGCGUUCAUCAAUAAGGAAGGGCAUGGUCAUGGUGUCCCCGAGGUUAAACCCACAGGCAUAUUGGGAGUUUGAAGCCGAGAUACUAGUUUUACAUCACCCGACAACUAUCUCCCCUAGAUAUCAAGCCAUGGUGCAUUGCGGCAGCAUCAGGCAGACAGCAACUAUCUUGUCUAUGACCAGCGAUUGCUUGCGCACAGGAGACAAAGCUACGGUACACUUCCGCUUCAUCAAAACUCCAGAGUACCUGCACAUAGACCAGAGGCUGGUCUUCAGAGAGGGUAGAACGAAGGCUGUAGGCACCAUCACCAAGUUGCUACUGUCAACAAAUAAUCAGCCGUCAAACUCCAAACCUCCGCAAAUCAAGAUGCAGUCCACAAAGAAGGCUCCAGCUAGGAGAGAGGAUGGAGUUCCGCAAACCAAUGAGGAGAUGGCAACGGCGAUAUCUCCAGCCACCCAGAACACCGCACCACAACAGACAGAGAUGGAGGAAGACCCUCAAAACAAAGAUAACAAGCCAAAGUCUGGAGGCAGAAGACGAGGAGGUCAGAGACAUAAAGGGAAACCUCAAAGCAACACCACAGUAACCCUCGCUGGUGCCGUCGGAGGCUGCUAAACCACUCCAGAGUUCCCCUCACAAGAAGCUGAACAGUCCAGUAUGCUCUGCGUUUUACUCUUGCCUUUAACCUGGCCGUAUGGAUCAUACCACUUCUAUGACAAGAGCGAGGAGACCACAGAACCAACAUGCACAUUUGUUAUGUGAAUUUUAACUUAUUAUAAGACUUGGGUGUUUUUAGACUGUAUAUACCAUAGAUAUUGAGAAUAUAGGACAGACAUACUGCAUGCUGGUUCUGUUUUAUGUCAAUUUAGAUGGGAUAAUAUUUACAUGCGACGUCAUGAAGAAAACCCUUUUCUUCUUACUGAGUAUAACAUUACGUGCUAAGUGACUGUCAUUCUUAUCAAUUUUAAGAUAUUCCUGUUAAAAAUCGUUUUGUUAAGCUUGGGCUAAACUUUACAUUACGUAGCUGAUUAUUUUGAAAUGACUCCUAACAGGAUUUAUGACAACCAUUUGUCAUUACUGAAUGAGUUUUUAUUCUGGACCACGAUGGUAAGAACGGAGUGUUUAGGCCUAUUACACACUGUGAUUGCAAAAGUUUGUUGGCAGCUAAUUUAAUGUGACAUGCAAAACGAAAAAGUAAGGAAUGUUCUCACUUAAUAUUGCAAGUUAUCACAAAUAUUUAAGUUUGUCAGGUUGAGUAGAAAGGCUACUGGUAGAGUUUACCCAGAUUCUGUAAACGUUAACUGUCAAGGUGUUUAAAUGAGCAGUUCAAGUUUACCCAGUGAAAAUUACAUGAAAUGGGAGAUGAAAUGUAGAUUUUUUUUGUAAGCCACAGAUUUAAUUAUAUAUAUAUAUAUAUAAGUGCCAGUAGUAAAAAAAGGUUUUGAAUGUGAAGUUAAAAAUGUUAUGCAUUUUAUCUUCUCUGAUUGAUAGUUCCUUCUUAAAAAAUACUUGCUGUAAAUUAUUUCCAUUGGUUUUUAGAGCCUGCAAAGCUUCAGUAACACACAUUGAGACACCCGGACCAUUAUCUCCGUUUACAUGUUGUGAAUUUAAUUUGCCACAACUAACAAUAAACUGAUGUUGACAAUUUCUA